GUGGAUUGGCGAUGUUGGAACACAUCGAAUGAUGCAAAAUUGGGGAUAAAUACGGCGGCAGAUCUGGCCUUCUGGGGGAGAGGGGAAGGACCUCCUUCGACGACCAAAACAGCACACAAUUUCGAGACUACCGAACAUAAAGACCCUCGUCUCAUCAUGGCUACACAGGUUCUUGCUGGUGUGACGGUGCCCGACACGCCGCUGAUCACCAAGGCGCUAGAGUUCACGCGAGCCCACUCGACCGACUACGCCUACAACCAUAUUGUGCGCUCGUUUCUCUUCGGUUUCAUCAUCGCGGGCAAGAUCCCUGAGCUGCAGGGCCGCGAUCUGGAGGUGCAUGCCGUCGCUGCAAUCAUGCACGAUCUCGGGUGGGACCCGACUGGAGAGCUUAUUAGCAAGGACCGGCGGUUCGAGGUGGACGGAGCCGACGCGGCACGCGAGUUUCUGCGCCGCGAGGGUGCCGCUGCGGAGUGGGACAAGCACCGCCUGCAGCUCGUGUGGGAUGCCAUCGCUCUACAUACGAUCGGUAGCAUCGUCUUUCACAAGGAGGCCGAGGUUCAGGCCUGCUCGUUCGGCAUCUGGGCCGAUUUCCAGGGACCCGACCGUGUGCCCGGCGGACUGCUCACCUGGGACGAGUACAACCGGGUGGUGGCCGAGUACCCACGCCUGCAGCUCAUGAAGGGCCUCAAGGAGGUGAUGUGCCACCUGUGCGUGACCAAGCCCGAGACCACCUAUGACAACACCGUCGGCGAAUGGGGGGACAAGUAUGUGGAGAGCUACAGUCGCAAGGGCAAGCUGACGCAGGAUCUACUGGACACUUGCAAUCUGGAUGACUUGUGAAAGAUGAUGGAAUCGACGCGCAUCAUGAUGUUAUGAGAAGAUGAGAUUGAGAAUGAAGUACUUUUUUUUCCUAUCUAUGCCAGAACCAUGGGUGUGGUCUUUCACCACCAUGACGUACACAGCCCCAACUCGAUGUACGUCUCCGGACGAGACCGUGAACGAAUUCAACAAGAGAAUCCCUCUCAAUGGGCAGCGAAUCAACCGGCACCAGCUCUUUUCGUACCGUAACGGCCGCUUCC